GAUGGCACCUGUCUCAGCUGGGACUGUCAAUUCCGAAACGUAUCGAGUAAACGAGAGAAAAUAGAACUCCAGCAAACAAUCGAAGUUCGUCCGUCCAGCGUGGAGAUGGAGUGAGUCAAACAGUGAAAAACCACGUUUUUUUUUCUUUAAGAGGGGAAUCUGAAAGCAAGCAAUCUCUGUCUCUCUGCGUCGAUUUAUCUGAAAACUAGGGUUGAUUCGGCAUCAGGCUGCCUUCCAAGGAUAAUAAGAAACAACAAAAAAUAUAGAGAAUUAAAAAGAGAUAUUUCUUUGAUUUUUAUUCGGAACUUUAGAGCUGUAGAUGGUCGUCUGGUCUUCCGGGGACCGCUAGAGAAUCUGCGCGUAAUUUGGAAGCUGCCUGAGUAGUCUAUCAGAAGCUAUAGUUAUUUAUAUUGGAUAAGUUUGUACAGAUUCUUUUGAGUAUUUGAUUGAAGAUGAGAACAAUAACUCGAGCUGUUCGCCAUGUUCGGGCUGCUUCACGGCUUCGUGAAAGAGAUAAUUUUCUUAGUAGUUUGUCGAGAAGGCAAACAACCUUGGUCAAUCCAGUUUCAGUUAGUACCUACCGAGGAUCCUAUAUUGAUGAAAUCGGUGGAUACUCACAACCCAUUAUGAUAUCAAGAACUCUGUGCAGCCCUGCCGCCAGAGACACCAGUGGAGAUGUUGGAAAAGCAGGUCCUCUUGUAGAGUAUGAACGAAGAAUUGCUGCAGGGGAACUUGUGGAUGGCGAUAGUUGUCAGGUUGGAACCUUGAGAGAACUUCAAAGACUAUAUGAUAGGCUUGUUGAAUCUGCUGAUGCCUGUCAGCUGGAUCGCUAUGCAGCUUCUGAUAAAUCUUCAAGGAGUAGGUGGUUGUGGUCCAGAUUCAUUCCACAGUUUUCGUACUCACCUGUCAAAGGACUUUACCUCUAUGGGGGAGUGGGAACGGGGAAGACAAUGCUGAUGGACUUGUUUUUUGAACAAUUGCCAACUAGCUGGAGGAAAAAGAGAAUCCAUUUCCAUGACUUUAUGUUAAAUGUCCAUAGCCGCCUUCAGAGGCACAAAGGUGUGACGGAUCCACUUGAAGUUGUCGCAGGAGAGAUAUCAGAUGAGUCUAUCUUAUUAUGUCUUGAUGAAUUCAUGGUGACUGAUGUUGCUGAUGCAUUGAUAUUGAACCGACUUUUUGGACAUUUAUUCACCAAUGGUGUUGUUCUUGUUGCCACUUCAAAUCGUGCUCCAGAUAACCUUUAUGAAGGUGGCCUGCAAAGGGAUCUUUUCUUACCAUUCAUUUCCACUUUGAAGGAAAGAUGUGUAGUUCAUGAAAUUGGUUCCUUGAUAGACUAUAGGAAAAUGACUUCGGCUAGGCAAGGUUUUUAUUUCACUGGAGAUAUGUCGUCAGGUCAUCUUAAGGAAAAGUUUCAUCAGUUAAUUGGGGAACAAACAGCAACUCCACAAGAGGUGGAAGUUGUUAUGGGAAGAAAAUUGCAGGUUCCACUUGGAGCCAAUGGAUGUGCAUAUUUUCCUUUUAAAGAUCUCUGUGACAAACCUCUAGGAGCAGCGGAUUAUUUUGGAUUAUUCAAGAAUUUUCAUACCUUGGCAUUGGAUGGUGUGCCGAUUUUUGGGCUCCACAAUAGGACAGCAGCAUAUCGGUUUGUGACUUUAGUUGAUGUGAUGUAUGAAAACAGGGCCAGACUAUUGUGUACGGCUGAGGGGACUCCAACUGAGCUUUUUGAAAGAAUAGUUACCAUCUCUGAUGCCCAAAACAUGGCACCUAGAACCUCUUCCAGAUCAAGGAAAAAUGAUGAUUUUGACCUUUGCGUGGACAAUGAAUUGGGAUUUGCAAAAGAUCGUACCAUUAGUCGGUUAACAGAGAUGAAUAGCAGCGAGUACUUAGAGCAGCAUGCUGCCAUGUUGUCAGAGAAGCAGUUUGCGCAGGAAGAAAUCAAGGAGGAUGCUUUACAAGCAUGAUUCCAAGAAAAAUAUAAUCCCCACCAAGCGCAAGUGAUUUAUUUCCAUUGACAAUGUUGUCUGUAUUGUGGAUUAGAGGUUUACUACUUAGCAACCCUGGUGUGUUGGUGAUUUCCAACCUGGUAGACUGACUUGAGUCAACUGAAAAAAGAAGUAAUUUAUUGUAUCAACAUUUAGCUUACUCCGAGUGAUUCCUUGUCAUUAAUAAUGCUUAGUCUAUGGUUGGCAAUGUGGGACAGCUUGGAUGAUGCCCAGCUACAUACACAAAUAUUGUAAAAGCUGUUUUGAGGUUAUUGAAUAAAAUUGAAAGGAAUCUUUUUUUUUCCUGUACCA